UCCGUUCAUUUUUAAGAAUUAGGUUCUAAGAAAUGUACUUUAUUUCUGAUGAAUGAUAAUCCAAUUGCGAAAAUAAGCUUCUUUAAUGAAAUCUGUAAUUUUUAUCAUUUGAAAUUUAUUCUUAAAAAUGGUAUUUGAAGCAGCUUGAUCGAGUGCUGCUUUACCUGAAGCUCAUUCAUGACUACAUUAAUUGCCGUUUGCUCUUCCCUUAAAUAAAAAUUGUAGUCGGACAUUUUGAUGCUACAUUACACAUUUUUUUCGGCUUUCUCGUAUCUUUUCUUUUGUAUCAAGAGAAAAGUCCGGAGUACCAAAAUUCCAUCACGUUUUCUGUUUUCAAGACAAUAAUUAUACAAAUUGCGCGCCGAUCUCUGAGUUCUUCUUAAGUCUAACUUACGGCCUAACUUAUCGGCCUUAAGCGCAAUCUGACGUAAGUUCUAACGUCAUGUUUAUAUCUAUCUUGGUCUAUAUAACCCAACUUACGGUCUGUCGUACAGCGUACGUCCCAUUACCUGACCAUUUGCUAAACUCCUAAGGUAUGGUUUAAUGACGAACGCAACUAACGUAUCGUCUGACGUAAGGUGGAUAUUUUGAGCCACGAUCUAUAAACUAUAAUUAAGGUUUGCCGUCUAUUGAUUAUUCGAUAUAUAAAAACAAGAUAAAAAUAGCAUUAUCAUCAUCAUUAUCAUCACCAUCGUAUGUUCUCUCUUAGCACCAUUAGUGGUCUCCGGGUGCUUAUGCAUUGCAUGAAUUGUCUUUAUUUCGUCAUUGUCCUCCUAAUCUGUUGGGGGUCCAUACCAAGUGUCUUCUUUAUCUUGUUCCAAACAUUCUUAGACGCAACAUCAUUAUAACUGGCUCUUUAACAAAGUGGCUGCCGCUCAUUAACAUAGCUUUUCUCUUCAACCAAAGGCAAAGUGAGCCAUGAAAAAAAUGAGCCAUGAAAUACUUUUAAAAGAGGAAAACAUACUUAGAAUAUAUAUACAAAAAAAAUCUUAGUAGGUUUCAUUGAAAAUCCACAGAGAUGAAUUGUUUUUAGAAUUACGAGAAACAUAUGAUUGGGCUAUGGCUUAUCCAUGGACUCAAAUUUCUCUGUACAAUUUUUCGUUUUGAAAAAUUUAUAUCUUUUCGAGUUUUAUUGGAACUUGGUAGGAGUUUACACAAGUGAAGUAUGGUUUUUGGUAAUGCGGGGGUAAUUUUGUGUGAGAUUGAAAACAUAUGCACUGAUGAGCGGCGGCCAUUUUGCCAAAGGGUCUUUUAGGGUCAUCAAUAUGAUCCUUUUUGCUAUUGUCAUAAUCAUUGCGGAGGAUUUGUAAAGUAGUCAAAUUUGUUUCCUAUAAAUAUAUAAAAGCAAAAAAUAUGUUUCCAUUGCUUUAUUGAAUUUUCUUUUGACUGAUUUAUAGUUAAAAAAGAUUGUACAUCCGGUCAAGUAAUGCGACAUAUAUGAGAAUCCUUCCAACUGUCCCAUGUAGCUUUUAGUUUAUUAGAUUCAAAUUAGACGUUCUAUCAGUUAGGUGCUAAUCCUCUUUUCGCAAGUAAUAUACUUCCAUGAAUAUUAACAACCAUCAUUGAGGUCAAACCUUUAAGAUGGCGUUGUCAUUGCGUCUUACGAUUAUUUUCCUAUAAUUACAAUCGACCGCAUAGAAAAUUGAGCAAAACUUAAUAACUCGCACUCUCAAUGCUUGAAUGUCAGCAGGACUCGAUCACAGGGAACCACAGAAUCAAUACAACAAAAAGUUAAUAAAAUUCUAAUUUGAAUGGAGACUUGACACGACGCUAAAUCAUUCUGGUUGAGACAAGUCAAGCAAAUAAUCUUAAAACCAGCUGCUUGAAAAACUCAGAAAAUUGAAAGCCUCACCAUGAACAGCUUCAACAAUACUACGAUGUACAGUGGUGUUUCUGAUGCACCUCCGGCUAUCCGGUACACGAGGCUGAUCUUAUACCCGGUGGUGUUCGCCAUAGGGCUGAUUGGUAACUCUAUUGUGUCUGCGUUGAUCUUAAAGAAAGGAAGAAAUUCAUCAGCUAAUGGUUACUUUAUUCUGAACUUAGCAUUAUCGGACUUGAUGGCUAUACUUCUGUAUUUACCAUUUGAUUUGGCUUACUUGGAACUAAAGUACGUUUGGCCUUUUGGAGCGUUUAUGUGUAAGUUUAUCAAUUCCUUGAAUAAACUGUCGGUAAUGGUCUCUGGACUGACCCUGUCGGCGAUCGGAGUGGAUCGAUAUAAAGCCAUUGUACACUCCCUAAAGGAGAGGCUGUCACGGCGACAGGCUUUUGUCAUGAUAGUUGUCAUAUGGAUCUUUGCCUCAGGCCUUCAACUUCCCUAUGUGUUUGCGCUAAAACUGGACCCUGGGGGCGAAUGUCGGAUUGAUUUGAGCUUUUGGGAAAACAACCUUCAGUUCCAAAUAACUUAUAUAUUUGGUGUGUUUACACCUGAAUUUGUAAUUCCUGCCAUUGCGUUGGGCUACUGCUAUAUCGCCAUUGCCCUUCACCUUGAGAGAACACACCAGAGAAACUCUAAAAAUGGACUCUUUCAAGAAUCUACCAUGACGAUCCGUGAACGUCAAAACCGUAAAACGACGCAAGUACUUACGGGUCUAGUCACUAUCUACACUAUCUGCGUCUUACCGCAUCAGAUUUGCGUGCUGAUGAUUACCUUCGAUAAGAGCUACCUUAAAUCUGAAAUCAUGCGACCUGCGUACGAGUUUACACGUUUUCUUUCCAUUACAAACUCAUGCCUUAACCCAAUUAUGUAUAGCGCCAUCAGCAAGUCGUUCCGUAAAGACAUUCGUAACUUUUUCCGUGGAAAGGCCAACGAGAAGUCGACCUCCAUGAGGUUCCUGAGAUCGACGCAUUCGAAAAGCCCCGAGAAGAAACAUAUUAAAGAUCCUGGAUCCUUCCAUGACAACACCAUGCAUUAUUAACAAUCCAUAUCUGACUCUGUUUGCAUGGGACUUCCUUGGAAAUUCCCCUACUUUGUCCAUUGACGUUUGCAUUGAAAUAUAUGUUAACUCGUCACACCGACAGGAAAAUUGACAGUCCGUCAUGUCCAGCAGUCGAGCUCUUGAAAUAGUGUACAAAUUUGAAGCUGAACUUAUUAUUCAUAUAUUCAAUUCAAUUGAACUACUUACUGAUGCCUUAAAAUACUCUUGAAUAAUUUAGGAGUACAUGACAGAAUGUCAGAUAAACAUGUAUGUUUCGUCUAUAGAUAAAGUACGUCAGGGCACCGUAUUAAGCAGUCAAUGUUAUUAUAGAAAUCACCUCAAUAAAACUGUAAUUGUGCAAUACUAAUAUAAUCGUGCAAAUUGUAGCAUUUCUUCCUAAAUCGCGGAUUAAGUCCUUAGUAUAUGGACUCGUUCAUCUAUCUAUUGGUCCAAUGAUUUACUGUACCAAGAUUCUAAUUCUGAUUUUUAUUUAUCAUUGCUUAAAUCACACUUACUACCUAAACUAUGACCACCUGAAUCAAGUAUAGUGUUAUUAGCCUCGAACAAACAACUCUUGCAAAAGGCAAAAAAUAA